AUGGCUCUACUAUAUGCAUUAGGGUUGGUGGCUGUGUUCAUAGGCUCCCUCUCAGUCUCCUCCCCCUUCCAAAUAGAAACGCUUAUUGUCUACCUUGCCUCUAAAAAUCUCACCUCUGUUCCCUCCGACCUCCCUUCAACAACUGAGGCUUUGGAUCUCUCACAGAACCGUAUUCAGUCUCUGAGCAAACAGGAUUUCCUCCACACACCCGGACUCAGGUUCCUAAACCUCUCCUGGAACAUGCUGCAAGACAUUGAUCCAGAAACGUUCCAUUCAACUCCCGCUUUGCAAACUUUGGACCUUUCACACAACAGACUCCUGAAUCUGUCUGACCAACAGUACCUCAAAUGGGUAUCAAGCCUUCAGUACCUGAACCUGUCAUUCAAUUUAUUUACUGUUAUGACUCUAGGAAAAGAAUUUUCAGGUCUGGGAAACUUACAGUGGCUCAGUCUGAGUGCAGAUUUGAUUCAGAAAGAGGACUUUGUGAGUGUCAGAAACAUUCAUCUCCAAGACCUCACACUUCACCUUGAGACCUUGAAAGGAUAUGAGAUGGGAAGCCUUUCAGAGACAAAAGCCAAGAAGAUUGUCCUCAUGGUGAGUAAUCACCAGGUUGAUGAAGACAUCAUUGCUGAUGCUUUUGAGUCCUUCAUAGAAGUGGAACUUACAGGUUUCAUUGGAUUACCACAUUACUUAAGAAAGCUGAUAGCACAACAAGGGGUUCUCAGAGUCACGCACCUAUACAUAUCUGCACUGAGGGUGACCUGGUUGGAGCUAACUAAGACUGUAAAUGCCAUUUUGCAGUCUACCAUUCGUAAACUGAGCAUGUCCAAUAUCACCCUAACAGCCAUGAGUAUAGGAGACCCCGUGACCCAACAGUCCAGUCUGGAGUCCUUCAGCAUCGAACAAGCAGCAGUGACUACAUUUAUUUUUGACCAGCGUGCCCUUUAUAACUUCUUCAUCAAUAUACAUGCACAAAAUUUAACCUUAGCACAGACUCCCAUUGUCCACAUGACCUGUCCUACUGCAUCUAGAAAAGUUUACAUGUUGGACCUUUCUUAUGACGCCCUGUCACAAAAUGUAUUCUCUAGUGACAAAGGGGAAUGUAAAACUCUGGAUAAUUUAGAGAUCCUUUUGCUGAGAGGCAAUAAUCUUCACCAUUUGCAGCCCCUCAGUCUCAGAGUUCAAUACAUGAGAGCACUGCGACAUUUGGACUUGAGCCAGAAUGUACUGACCUACAGCGAAGACCAGGGGACUUGCCUUUGGCCUUCAAACAUAGAACACCUGGAUCUCUCGGCAAAUGAGUUUGACCAGUCCAUAUUCAAGUGCCUUCCUCGUGGUGUAAAAGCGCUUAACCUGCAAAACAAUCAGAUUGCAGCCAUUCCUUCCAAUAGCUCAUUUCUGUAUGCCCUCGAAGUUUUGGACCUCACCUCAAACCGUCUUGUGGACCUCCCAUGUUGUCUAGACUUUCCAAGCCUAAGGGUCCUGGGAGUGCAGCGGAACUCACUUCACGCACCAUCACCAAGCGCCCUACAGACCUGCCCAUCACUGAGCAUUCUGGAUGCCAGUCGGAAUCCCUACAUCUGCACCUGUGCCCUAAGGGGGUUUACUGCCCUCUUCCAGGAAACAGGCACCCACGGUGGGAAAAGGGAGCCUAAAAUCACUCUCUUCCACUGGCCAAAUGGAUACCUCUGCAGCUACCCAGAGUCCUGGAGGAAGAAACCUCUUAGAGACUUCCAUCUACCAGAAAUCUCCUGCAAUGCUAGCCUGCUGGCAGUUACUAUCUUGGUCCCAGCAGUCACAGUAAUGAUCGCCAUAGCAAUGCUGUGUCAUAAACUGGAUGCACCAUGGUACUUGAGCAUGAUCUGGAAAUGGACCCGGGCAAAACACCGAGCAAGGAUAAGCCAGAGCAGAUCAGAAGAUCUACAGGGGGUGUACUUCCACGCCUUCGUGUCCUACAGUCAAAGGGAUGCAGAGUGGGUCAAAUCUCAACUCUUGCCAAAACUGGAGGGCGAGGGUUCCACAUCAACCCCUGGCGCGCUUCGCAUUUGUCACCACGAGCGACAUUUCAUCCCGGGAAAAAGUAUAGUUCAGAACAUCCUGCGCUGCACUGAACAAAGCCGGCGCUGCAUCUUUGUGCUGUCCUCUCACUUUGUGCAGAGUGAGUGGUGCCACUAUGAGCUGUACUUCGCGAAUCAUCAGAGACUAACGCGUGGAUUAGACAGCAUCAUCCUUGUUCUGCUGGAGCCUUUGCCAUCGUAUCUCAUCCCUGCCAAGUACUACCAGCUGAAAGAAAUGAUGGCUCGCCGUACUUACUUAGAAUGGCCGCAGGACAAAGCGAAACAAAGACUAUUCUGGGCAAAUCUCAGGGCAGCACUGCAAGCUAACCUAACGUCGCAACCACAGACAGACACGGGAGUG